UGUAAGUGAGUCUUUUAUCAAUAAAAUUACAAUACUGGUGCACAAAUAUGCAUUAAUUCAUGCUUCAAGAAUGCACAGAUAAUCACGAGUUAAUGUAAACUCAUGAAGGACUAACUUAAACCAUUUAUUAAUGAUUACUACAUCAGCAACUAAUAAACAUUCUAUAUGAUUAAUAGAUUAAGUAAUAAAUAAAUUGUUACCAGUCAAAUGUACUUUAAUGUAUAAGUUGAGUAAUAACAUUAUAUUAACUAAUGAUUUAAAUGUAUAUGUUAAUUACUACAGUGGCCAAAGCUAUGCACUUCAACUUCCAGUUGUCAGCUUUAAUUAAUCUUUAGCUAAUGAUUUGCAAAGGAAACUGAGGAACUGAGUUAUAAUAUAAUAUUGUGGUAUAUUAUCUAAUUGUCAAUGUUUUACUAUUUUAAAGGUGAGCUUAUUGGAGUGGAAUAUCUUUACCAGCAAACUGGUAAAGUUCUGCAGGACUACAAGUUGGCCAUUGAAGAGUCAGAGACUACUGAGGUUGGUAUAGAGGUGGAUGAAGGUUAUGCUGAACUUGAGGAGUUUCAGGACAUCACUGUCCCCACCUUUGACACUGAACGGACACCUGCUGCCUCUUCACAAGCAUCAGUGUCUGCAGCAUCUGCAGCAUCAUUUCCAACUCCUCCAGCAACCAGCCCCACGUCAUCACUGUUUGUGGUCCCUCCAUCAUCAGUGUCAUCUCCUGUCAGCAGCUCACUGCACGCUGAAUCAAAUCUAGAACUCUUUCCUGGAGCACAUAGCUUGGACCGAUUAUCUGCAGAAACGGAUCGUCCAACAUUGGAAGAGAACACUUCACAUGAUGAUUACGUUGGACCUGAUAAUAUUGAGGGGUAUGGAGCCGUGCAGGACUUGGCAGAGUUUUUGGUUAGCCUCAGAGACCACCGUCUGGCUUUGCCGGGAGAAGAGUGCAUCAAGAUCAUCUCCCUAUGGCAGGCAUUGGGGGAGUAUGACAAGAAAAAGACCAUUUACCCACCACUUAACCAAACCAACCUAAAACAGGGACGAUUCAGGGCCACUAAGAAGAUUGUGGCCCCAGGUGUGGAGAGCAGCAAAACGUGUUUCGUUGGGGCUCACAGUCCUGCACAGUGGCCUGACUGCAACCGAAGGCCAUUUUCACAAGGCUCUGUGCUCUCUACCCAAACGCGGUGCGCUGUGAUGGAAUGA